GCAAGGAAGUGUUAAAAUUUUCUUUUAUAUGACACUAUUUUUUGAGUUGUCAAAGUAAGUCUUGAGUUUAUUUCCAAGAUUGUGAGUCUAGAAGUUUCUAAUUAGAUGAACAUUAGUGUUGGUGUAUAUGACGUGUGUGUGAUAAAGAAAGAAGGCAGGGGAAGGAGCUUGUAGAGUUGAAAAGAUGGGAAGUAAAGAAAAGGAAAUCAAAUCACCUGAAGUUCAAUUAGGAGGAAAUUCUGAUCCAAAACGGGGUUCAAAGAAACUCGGAAUUUACUUCCUUGAAUCUGAUGAUAGGAGAACAGCUUUCGGACGUGGUUACAGUAGUGGAGUAGGAGGAGCUACUCCUGUGAACAUCUAUGGGAAGCCUAUUCCGGAUAUAAACAAGACGGGUGGCUGGAUAGCUGCCUUGUUCAUUUUUGGAAAUGAAAUGGCUGAGAGAAUGGCUUACUUUGGCCUAUCUGUUAACAUGGUGGCAUUCAUGUUCUACGUUAUGCACAGGCCUUUUUCUAGCUCUGCCAAUGCUGUUAACAAUUUCUUGGGCAUAUCGCAGGCUUCCUCCGUGUUGGGUGGUUUCAUUGCUGAUGCUUACCUUGGUAGAUACUGGACUAUUGCUAUCUUUACCACCAUAUAUCUAGUGGGAUUAACAGGAAUAACAUUGUUAGCAACCAUAAAGGUAUUUAUGCCAAAUCAAGAUCAGUGUGAUCAGAUUGCCCUACUUCUAGGCAACUGUGAACCAGCGAAAUCUUGGCAAAUGAUGUACUUAUACACAGUGUUAUAUGUCACGGGGUUCGGAGCAGCAGGGAUAAGGCCUUGUGUCUCAUCAUUCGGGGCUGAUCAAUUCGAUGAGAGAAGCAGAAACUACAAGUCACACCUUGACAGGUUUUUCAACUUCUUUUACCUAUCGGUCACAAUUGGGGCGAUCGUGGCCUUUACUGCAGUUGUGUAUAUUCAAAUGAAACAUGGAUGGGGAGCUGCUUUUGGGUCAUUGGCAAUUGCCAUGGGCCUAUCCAACAUGUUGUUCUUUGUUGGUACCCCUAUGUAUAGGCAUAGGUUGCCUGGAGGCAGUCCUCUCACUCGUGUCACCCAAGUCCUAGUUGCUGCCUUUCGCAAGAGGAAUGUUUCGUUCCAAAGCAGCGAGUUUGUGGGCUUGUAUGAACUUCCUGGUAAAAGAUCUGCUAUCAAAGGCAGCAACAAGAUAGCUCAUACCGAUGAUUUCAGAUGUUUGGACAAAGCAGCUCUGCAGCUAAAAGAUGAUGAUGGUGCCAAUCCUUGGCAGCUUUGCACCGUGACUCAAGUAGAAGAAGUUAAAAUCCUGGUGAAACUUCUUCCGAUUCCAGCCUGCACUAUAAUGUUGAGCGUGGUUCUAACGGAGUACUUGACUCUAUCGGUCCAACAAGCGUACACGUUGAACACUCACAUGGGACAUUUGAAACUUCCUGUCACCUGCAUGCCGGUCUUUCCAGGCCUCAGCAUAUUCCUUCUGCUCUCCCUCUAUUACUCUGUAUUCGUUCCAAUAUCUAGGCGAAUCACUGGCAACCCCCACGGUGCUUCUCAGCUUCAGAGAGUUGGCAUUGGCUUGGCGGUCUCUAUACUCUCAGUGGGGUGGGCUGGUGUCUUCGAGAGGUACAGGAGAACUUACGCAAUACAACAUGGUUACGAGGCUAGUUUUUUGACUCCAAUGCCUGACCUCAGUGCCUAUUGGUUACUAAUCCAGUAUUGCCUAAUUGGGAUAGCUGAAGUUUUUUGCAUAGUGGGAUUACUCGAAUUUCUGUACGAAGAGGCUCCGGAUGCAAUGAGAAGCAUUGGAUCAGCUUAUGCUGCUGUAGCUGGUGGUCUUGGUUGCUUUGCAGCCUCAAUUUUGAACAGCAUUGUCAAGUCUGUCACACGGGGAAAAGGCGAAACAAGAGAAUCCUGGCUUUCCCAGAAUAUAAACACCGGCAGAUUCGACUACUUGUAUUGGCUCCUCACUAUCCUGAGUCUCAUUAAUUUUGUUGCUUUUCUUUAUGCAGCUCAUUGUUAUCAGUACAGAUCAAAGGAUGGAACUGACAGACAAAGUGAGAAAGGGCCUGGAUCCGAUCAUACCAGUACUAACGCGCUGGAUCCCAUCAGAACUCCACAGUUAAGCAUGUUUGGACGAGAGUAGUACUAGGAAGGGUUGCAUCCCUCGCUCACAAAAAGUGAAAAAAGAGCCAACUACUUGUAAGUAACCAUAUUUUAGUUGUUCCUUGGCAAAGAGGAAAAAGCAAAGAAAAAUCUAUUCUUGUAUGUGACAUAGUAAAAGUAGGGUGCCGAGGGUCUACCAGAAACAAUCUCUCUACCCCACAAAGGUAGGAGUAAGAUCUGCAUACAUCCUACCCUUUUCAGGCCCGACUACACAGGGUAUGUUGUUGUUAUUGACGUAGUAAUAGUAGGGGGCGAAUGAAACCAAGAUAUGAGAAAGAAAAAAGAAACUCUCUCAGUUACUGAAAAAUAGUAUAUAUGGCUAUUCAUUUCAUGGUCUUUUAUCUUGUAAUGUUCUUGAAAUUGUUCAUGUUACAAAAACUCAGAUUUCAACUAAAUUAUCACUUGAUUCUUGCACAAA